AGAGGGCGCAAUCCCUUCAUGCUUCGUCGCAGUUCGAUCGCGUAAUCGGAAGUGACCGGUUAGGAAGUUUUGGUAUCGCAUCGCUAGGAAAACAAGAAAAAUGUCUUCUUUAGAUCAACUGAAAAAGAUGACCGUGGUGGUGGCCGACACCGGAGACUUCGAAGCCAUGCGAGAGUACUUACCUACCGAUGCCACCACGAAUCCUUCGCUCAUUUUGGCCGCAUCGCAGUUGCCCGCCUAUCAGCACUUAGUCCAAACCGCUGUCGAUUACGGUAAACAGAACGGCGCGAAUAAAGAUGAGGCGGUCUCUCUGGCCAUGGAUAAGUUGUUCGUGUUAUUUGGUUGCGAGAUCUUGAAAAUUGUUCCCGGAAGAGUGUCCACGGAAGUAGAUGCUAGAUUAUCAUUUGACAAAGAGGGAUCUAUAGAGAAGGCCAAGAAAUUAAUCAAGUUGUAUGAAGACGAAGGGAUUAGUAGAGAGAGAAUCUUGAUUAAAUUGGCCUCCACAUGGGAAGGAAUUAAGGCAGCUGAGGUGUUGGAAUCUGAAUACAAGAUACAUUGUAACAUGACGCUGUUAUUUUCUUUUGCCCAGGCUGUAGCUUGUGCAGAUGCAGGUGUCACACUCAUCUCACCAUUUGUAGGAAGGAUUCUUGAUUGGUUUGUUGCAAACACUGACAAAAAGCAAUUUGAACCUCUAGAAGAUCCAGGAGUAAAGAGUGUAACAAAAAUUUACAACUAUUAUAAGAAAUUUGACUACAAAACAGUUGUUAUGGGUGCCUCUUUCAGAAAUGUUGGUGAAAUAAUAGCAUUAGCAGGAUGUGAUCUUCUAACCAUCAGUCCUGCACUACUGAAGACACUCGCAAAUAGCAAAGAUGGUGUAACCCGCCGCCUCAGUCCUGAGACAGCCAAACAACAAAAUAUGGAAAAAGUGAAAUUUGACGAGAAAAAAUUUCGAUGGACAAUCAAUGAUGAUCAGAUGGCCAAUGACAAGUUAUCAGAGGGAAUCAGGAAGUUUGCUGCAGAUGCAGUCAAAUUAGAAAAUGUCUUGAGAACCUAUUUCAAAUAGUCUAUUCUGCCUUAAAAGCAUACUGGGUGAUGGAUUUAUAAUUACUUUUUGAUAAAUAUUUUGCAGGGACCACACAGGAUUAUGUAUCCUAUUUGCAAAUAAAUACUUAAAACUGCUUUAAA